GGCAGAUGUGGAGCUUGUCAAACAUGCAAACGAUUCCCCACCAUACCGACGCGGAUUACUCUCUAGUCUUUCGGCAUUUAACUGAGAAAACAACCCCAAUUGACUUUUCCCUCUGGUCCAUAUUACCUUCGCUCGAUCUACCACAACCAAGUCGUUGUAAAACAUAAUGUCCGGUCCAGGUGCAGGCCACGAAUACCCACCCGUUCGAGUCUCCUGGCUCAAGCGCGAUGUCCUCCUCUUCGCCAACAGCAUAGGCUGCACGGCCGACGAGCUGCACUUCCUGUACGAGCUGCACCCCAACUUCGCCGCUUUCCCCACGUACCCCAUCAUUCUGCCCUUCAAGCAUGAAAGCCAGGAGGUCAUCGACUUCUACAAGGCGUCCGGCGCACAGCCCAUCCCCGGCGUGCCCAAGUUCAACCACAAGCGCGUGCUGGACGGCCAGCGCAAGAUGGAGUUCUACAAGCAGAUUCCUGUGUCGAGCCACGGACGACACUUCGAGAUCAGGUCGAAGGUGCUGGGCGUGUACGACAAGGGCAAGAGCAGCGUCGUCGAAACGGAGCAGAGGCUCGUCGACGCGGAGACGGGCGAGACCUACACGAGAGCCGUCGGAAGCGCCUUCUUCGUCGGCCAGGGUGGCUGGGGCGGUCCAAAAGGCGAGAAGGACCCAGUGUACGACCCACCAGCAGGCAAGAAGCCGGAUGCCACCUAUGAGCUGCAGCUCACGCCCGAAUCCGCUCUUCUCUACCGCCUUAACGGUGACUACAACCCCCUGCACGCCGACCCCGAGCCGGGCAAGCAAAUGGGCUUUGGUGGUGCCAUCAUGCACGGUCUUUUCUCGUGGAACUCGACCGCUCACGGUCUUCUCAAGGUGCUUGGCGGUUCCGACCCAAAGAACAUCAAGGAGUUCCAAGCCCGAUUCGCUAGCCCUGUCAAGCCAGGCGCGAAGCUCGUGACUGAUAUCUGGAGGACGGGAAUUGUGGAUAAGGACGGCUUCGAGGAGAUCAGGUUCGUCACCAAGGCAGACGGAAAGCAGAGCCUGAGCAAUGGACGGGCAUUGAUCAGGGUUGUGGGCGGCAGCUCGAAGCUGUAGGUUGAGAGAAGGAAUGCAAAGAGCCAUAAAAUGUUUGAAUAGUAUGGUGCAUCUGAUUAAAAGGCUAGUCUAGCAAUCCACUAUACCACAUCCUCCAAAUCCGGUUAUCUAAUGUACAAGAGCGUAGGAGCGAGUCAGAGUUGAGAUGAAUGCCUUCGCUAUCUUCUUCGUCAAUUAAAAUCUGUAAGAAUAGGUCAAGAGUUGUUUGAUUUUUACUUUGCUCAGUUCGCGCUCAAAAAGGAGGCAAGGGUAUCUUGAUCACAGGUGAUGAUUUUGCUGGACCGCUAUGCCAUGCCUGCAAGCCCAACCACGACUUCAGCCAAAGCCGUCCGUGGCCGUCGUCGGUCUGGCUGGAACCCAUUCUAUGCACGCAAUGGCGCGAGCUAGGUGAUGCGUCUUUCGCAUGUCGCUAAAGCAAGAGAUUUGAUCAAUACGGUUCUAGGGUGCGUCUACCGGAAUAGUUGCACCAAUCGCACUGCCGGACGAACCUAGUCAUUAGCAUGAGGCCGCAGAAAGGAUAGCAUGUAACAGGUGUCCGAGUACUUG